AUGGAGCGCGGCACCAGCGGUGGUCAGCAGCAUCAGUCGCACCACCAUCAAUCCCAGCAGCAGCACCACCAUCAGCAGCAGCAGCAGCAACAGCAGCAGCAGCAUCAGUCAUCACGACACCAGCAUGUGGUGUCGGUGCACAGCUACGAUCCGUAUAUGACGGCCGGCGAUGCGGAUGAGGAGCAUACCUCGGGCACAUCCUCCUUUGACAAUCCCGCGACGAAAAAGAAGCCACCCAAGCUGAAGCCCAUCCAUCGUUCCCUCUCCAUGGCCAUUGACAAUUAUGCACCGAUAGCGACCGAUUUCGAUAUCGAUCUUGACGAUGGCUUCAUUGUGCAUGAGCAGCCGCUGAUCCACCGCUCGGCGUCGCCGCUGCCCGUGCGCUCGUCUGCACCGCCGCAGACCCUAGCACUCCCAGCACCACAACAUCUUCCCCAACAUACGCAUGUGGCUGGUGGCGGGAGCGGUUCCGUGUCGCCGGCACUUUCCGCACGCCAGCAGCACCACCACCACCACCAACAACAACAACAACAACAACAACAACAACACCACCACCAACAACAACAACAACAACACCAGCUGCAUAUGCACACAUUUCAGCAACUGGCCGCACAGGCAGCUGCUGCACGCCACCACCAGUUGCCACAUCCGCACGCGCAUCCGCAUCCGCAUUCGCACCGCCAGCACCCGCACUCGAGCUCCACCAGCUCACCCACCUCGCACGCGGUCAGCCCGAUCUUGGGCCAACAACAAAAACAUCAGCCGGAUAUCUAUCUGGUCAGCAGCAGCAGCCUGGGCGACAAUGUGGGCGGACUGGGCGGACUGGGCGUGGGCCUGGGCCUGACACGCUCACCGCUUGGCGGCAGCGGCAGCGGCAGCACAUCACCGAUACAGUUCAUCGAUGUCGAUGAUAUGCUGCCACGUGCCACACACCACCCGCAACCGCAAUCGCAACCGCAACCGCUUCCGCUGAAAAAGAAUCUGUUCCGGCGUUCAGACACAAUUGACGUUCAUCCGUCUACCAAUUUUCAGAUGAAGAAAACGCAUUCCUUCCACGCCCAACAGGAUCCCGCCGCCAUGGAGCAAAUACAGCUAGCGGUUGCCGCCGGCUCGGCCAGCUCCAGUCGACGCACCAGCUCGGUGCGCGCCAACUUCCUGAUGCCAGGUCCACCAGCCGGCAAGGAGAUCUCCCGUUCGCCAUCGCCCAGUCGACGGGGCUGUCGAUCGCAUCGUUCCUUCAAUGAUCCAGGGCGACGGCCCAGCAGUAAGCCGGACUCGGUGGUGGAGUCCCAGAUACGGCAUCCAUCGCUGAACGACGAUCUGAUGGAACCACUCGAUGGUCGUUCGCUCUUUCCGCAGUCCAAUCUCUCGCUGGAGAACGAACUGUUUGUGGAGUCGCGAUCGCGCAGCAAUAGCCACACCAAAAUGGAGGAGCUGGGCAUGGCCGAGCUGGCGGCCGCCGCUGUGGCCGUGCAGCGCAUGCGCAAGAGCUCCGGCUCCUUUGAGGAGACGGCGCCUGCUCUCGCCGCCGGUCACAGCGCCACACAUCCGCCCGCCGCCUCCGCCUCGAACAGCAUCAAACAGAAACGUGAGCCGCAUCCGCAUUCGCGACAACAGAGCACCCACAGCCUGGAACUGGACGGACGACCAUCCACCAGUGCCUCCGCCUCCCAUACGCUUCAGCUGCACAGCGCUGCGGCGGCUGCCAGUGCCGCCUAUCACUUCAAGCGUGGCGCCCAGCACGGACGCUCGCUGUAUCUGUCGCCCAGCAAUCUGGAGGAGCUGACCGUGCAUCGGCCAGGUGUGCUGGCGGCAGCAGCUGCCUUUCAGGGCACCAAUGCCAGUGCCAGUGUGAAGCAGGCCAAGGCGUUGCACAGUGCCAGUGUGCGGUUGCGCAACUAUCGGGAGACGCUGAGUGCCACCAAGAAGUCGAAGAGCUUCAUUGGCGAUGGCAGCGGCGGGACGACGGCAGGCGAUGAUUUUGAGCUUACUUCACCCCACCGACGCAACAGUCGUCCACUGUCGACGGCGGUGCCCAGUGCGGGCGCGGCUGUUGUCAAUGUGGAUGAGAUCAAGCGCAGUCCACGUCCAAUCUCGGCUGCGGCGGCGGCCUUCAUUGAGGAGAAGCGUCCCUCCUUCGAGCGAAAGCCCUCGCUCACCUACGAGCAGGAGCUGACGGAUGCGGCCUUUGCCGCCCAGGUGCUACGACCAUUUCAUCACAAAUUGGCCGCCGGACGCAAGGCAUCGAUUAGCGGUGGCUCCCACAAGUUGAAGAAGAAGUCCCUCAGCGAUGAGACCGACGAGGAUGAGGAGGCGGAUCGCAAGCGCAAACGCAUCGUCUGCAUUGUGUUAGCCACUGUCCUGCUGUGCCUUGUGUGUGCCAGCGUUUUCGUGGUCAUUAUCACGCUCACCUCCGGCCAGAGUCAGUCCGGUAAAAAGGCACAUUCGUUCAGCAGGGACACGCCAGUCCAUUACACGGGAAUGCGACCAUCAUGAACUCCAACAACAACUGCAACCAUCGAGCAUUGCCUUCAAAACGUUGCUGAACUUAU